AUGACGAGUCGGGAGAAAGAGAAGGGCGUCAAUGUCCAGGUUCUCCUCCGCUGCAGGCCGUUCAGCGAGGAUGAGUUGCGGAACAACGCGCCCCAGGUGGUGACCUGCAAUGAUUUCCACAGGGAGGUGUCCGUUACGCAGAAUAUCGCCGGCAAGCAUAUUGAUAGAGUUUUCACGUUCGACAAGGUGUUUGGACCUAGUGCCCAGCAGAGGGAUCUAUAUGAACAGGCAGUUAUUCCAAUAGUUAAUGAGGUUUUAGAAGGUUUCAACUGUACAAUUUUUGCCUACGGGCAAACUGGAACGGGAAAAACGUACACCAUGGAGGGUGAAUGUAAGAGGUCCAAGAGCGGUCCAAAUGGAGAAUUGCCCCCUGAAGCUGGAGUGAUACCCAGAGCAGUAAAGCAAAUUUUUGAUACAUUAGAGAGUCAAAAUGCCGAGUAUAGUGUGAAGGUCACUUUCUUGGAGUUAUAUAAUGAAGAAAUAACAGAUUUGCUUGCCCCUGAAGAGAUAUCCAAAGUUGUCCAGGAAGAUAAACAAAAGAAACAAUUGCCACUCAUGGAAGAUGGGAAAGGAGGUGUCCUUGUCAGGGGAUUGGAGGAGGAAAUUGUUACAAGUGCCAGUGAGAUUUUCACUUUACUUGAAAGAGGUUCUGCUAAACGUCGAACAGCAGAAACUUUAUUAAACAAACAAUCAAGUCGUUCGCAUUCACUAUUUUCCAUCACGAUACAUAUAAAGGAAGCGACGCCUGAAGGUGAAGAAUUGAUAAAGUGCGGAAAAUUGAAUUUGGUUGAUUUGGCUGGUUCGGAGAACAUCUCUCGUUCUGGCGCUAGGGAGGGCAGGGCAAGAGAAGCUGGUGAAAUAAACAAAAGUUUGCUUACAUUAGGCAGAGUAAUAAAUGCGUUGGUGGAGCAUCUGGGACAUAUACCUUAUAGGGAUAGCAAGCUCACACGUUUGCUUCGAGAUUCAUUAGGUGGGAGAACAAAGACUUGCAUUAUUGCUACAGUAUCACCAGCUGUUCACUGUCUUGAGGAGACUCUUAGCACAUUAGAUUACGCUCACAGGGCUAAGAACAUAAGGAAUAAGCCUGAGGUGAACCAAAAGAUGAUGAAAUCGACUCUUAUUAAGGAUCUCUAUGGCGAAAUAGAACGACUUAAAGCUGAGGUUUAUGCUGCCAGGGAGAAAGUUGGUGUUUACAUUCCUAAAGAGAGAUACUAUCAAGAGGAGACUGAGAGAAAGGCAAUGGCCGAUCAGAUUGAACAAAUGGGAGUGACAAUCGAAAAUCAUCAGAAGCAAAUAGAGGAAUUGCGAGCUAAGUAUGAUUGUAAGGUUCAGCAAUGCCUUGAUUUGGGCAAAAAGCUUGAUGCAACCCAAAGUGAUCUGAACUUAACUAGCAAGUUGUUGGCAAACACCGAGGAUGACUUGAAGAAAUGCCAGUAUUCUCUAAAGGAACGGGACUUUGUCAUUUCUGAACAGAAAAAAUCAGAAAAUGCGCUGGCUCAUCAAGCUUGUGUUUUACGGGCUGACCUGGAAAAGGCCCAAAAAGAUAAUGCUUCUCUAUUUUUGAAAAUAGCUAGAGAGGACAAAUUGAAUGCUGAUAACAGGUCGACAGUAGACACAUUUCAAUCUGAUCUAGCCCAAAAGCUUGCUACCCUUUGUAGCUCGCUGACGGCAUCUGUAUCUCAACAAACCGAACACCUACAAUGUGUUGAGAAUCUGUGUAAUUCUUUUCUCCAAGUACAUGAUAAGGUUUCUUUAGAGUUAAAGAAGAAAGUAGAUUCUUCGAGGGUGUUAUACCUCUCACAUUUUGAGGCUGUGCAAAAUUUUGUUCGCUUGCACAAAGCUGGUAGUAAUGCUGCUUUGGAGGAACUGUCAGCUUUGGCGUCUUCUACUUCACUGUCUGUGGAAGAAUUUUUAGCGGCAGAGGCAGCUGAAGCGAAAGCAGUACUUGAUGAUCUUCAGGAUACUCUAACAAGUCAACAAGCAGAAAUGGCUCAUUUAGCAAGAGAACUUCGACAGAGAUUUCAUGCUAGUAUAGAGCACCUGACAAACACCUCAGAAUCUGUUCAUGCAUCGGUUGAUAAGCUUCAGGAAGAAUCAAAGAAGCUUCAACAUCAUGCAACUGAACUUGAUGAAAUUCAGACGAAGUGCAUCGCCGAAUUUCAGAAGGCUUAUGAGGAACAGUCACGUUCAGAAGCAGAGAAACUUAUUGCUGAUAUGACAUCUCUUGUUACUGACUGCAUGCUUCGUCAAAAGGAGAUGGUGGAUAAAAGGUUAGAAGAUCUUAAGGAUAGUGCAACUGGGAAUAAGAUGUUUUUGGAUGGACAUGUUUCAACUAUUGAUGGCAUUACGACAGACUUGAAAAGAAAAUGGCAGGAUAGCUUCAUGCAGGCAGAGAGUAGUUUCAAAGACAAUGCUGAUUUCUCUGCAGCUAAGCAUUGUCGCAUGGAACUGCUUGUACAGAAAUGUGUGAAGAGUGCUGAUAGAGCUUUGGAGCGGUGGCAAAAAACGCAAGAAUCGUUAAUCGAUAUGGGAAAGAAAAAUGUUUCGGCUUUCGAUUCACAUGUCAGGAAUAUGUGGUAUAGUAACGAACAACACAAUGCUGAGGUUGAAUCUGCUAAAAUUAUGGUUGAGGAGGAUGUUAAAACUAACAGUGAAGAUAUGAUUCACUGGUUUAACGGCGUGUCAGGGCAAGAGAAAUCAUCUGUUUCUGAAAUACUCUCGACCUCUCAAACUCAUUCACAAACUCUUCAGAAUCUUAGUACCGAUCAUUCCAAUCAAUUAAACAGAAUUGAACAACAUGCUGUUGAUACUUUUAGUCAAAAAUAUAUGGAUUACGAGCCUACUGGCACAACACCCGUUAGAUGUGAGCCUGAGAUUCCCAGCAAGGGCACGAUCGAGUCUCUUCGUGCAAUGCCAAUGGAGGUCCUUCAAGAAGAAUUUCGAGAGAACAAUUCGUACGAGUCCUUUCACGCGAAGGAGCCAAAGCCGAGCCUUAUUCCUCGUGCCCCACUUUCACAGAUCAACUAG